GUCAAAAAUGAAAAACUGUAAAAUUUAAUAAAAUCAAAUGCAGCGAAGGGUUGGAUUGGAGUCAUGAACUAAGUUAGCAAUAUGAUCAUAAUAUAUACGAAAUAUUAUUCUAAAAACUCAAAUUAUAUAAUAAAUAAAUGAUUACAGACUCCUAUAUACACAGAUAGCAAAUUGAAUCCAAUCUUUACUUUCUAUUUCAAUGAACAAUUUGUUUAUUUGUUAUAAAUUUUGACAUGAUAAUUUGCUUAAACUCUGUGUUUAAGGCUUAUUUCUGAAGCCCAAUAGAAUCAGGCGCGGUUCAUCCUAUUUUCGAGCCUAUGUCUGAGCGGUGCAGUUAAGACUGUAACUAACAACAGAUUCUGUCUAGGAUGAUCUUUUAGCUGUUUGUUGCAUCAUUGACGCCGUUAAUUUCUAUUCUCCGACGAAGGUAACAUUUCCAAAAGGACCUGUGCUUUACUCUCUUCAAAGUCUCAUUUAGAUUUGUAAAUAACCAAUUCUUAAUUUUAGGACAUUCUCAGUGAAUUGGCUGCAUCAUUCAAUUUUCAGUUACAUGGCGGACGAGGAACUUGUGGAUCAAAAGCGGUAUCUUGAGGACUCCUGCAAGCCUAAAUGUGUGAAGCCUCUAAUUGAGUAUGAGGCAUGUAUUAAGAGGAUAGAAGGCGAAGAUCCUGGGCAGAAACACUGUACAGGGCAGUACUUUGAUUACUUGUCUUGUGUUGACAGAUGUGUCGCACCGAAGCUGUUUUCCAAACUGAAGUGAUUGGAAGCCUUUUAGAUCGCCUUUUCCACUAUGUUCGUAUGCUUCACAAUUCGAAUAUUAGUGGGAAUCUUUGAAGCAGCCCAUUCUUUUUUAUUGCAAAACCUUUUGACUUGGAAAUAAAAGGAAAAUGUCUUUGAAUGUGUGUGCAGCUUGUUAGGAUUUAAUGAUGAAAAAAGAAGGAAAAAAAGAAGAAUACAUCUGGACACUUAGGAAAAAUGGUGAAUGAUAUAUGUCCACGUCUGAAAUUUGAAUAAUGAGGAUGGUUCUGUCCUCCUGCAGGCAGCCAUGUGCGUAUCA